GCCCGGUACUGCUUAUCAGCUUGCCGUGUACAAGAAUAUCUCCCACGGAGUGGUCCAGUAAUCUUAGGCUUUAUUGUCGAGCAUCGCUUUCUACCGAUAGGACGUGUCGGAUUCGUUGGACUGAAUCAAUUGUUGUGUUUCUCCUCACAAACAUCACAAGUGAACCGUGUAAUCGAAAUGUACUCGGCCGGGCAGUUGUUGUUUUUAAUUAGUUUCGUGAUUAACUUACUGCAUUCUUCCUGUGCGGUAGAACCGGUUCUGAUAGUGCACGGUGGUGCCGGAACCGUCACGGAAGAUCGCUUUCCGGGCAAAAUUCGUGGUGUGACACUAGCGGCCAAAGUUGGAUAUCAAGUGCUCGCCCGCAAUGGGUCCGUGCUGGAAGCGGUCGAACAGGCGGUCCGUAUAAUGGAAGCGGAUCGCUACUUUAACGCCGGCUACGGGUCGGUUUUGAAUGCGGAGGGUGAUGUAGAGAUGGACGCAAGCAUCAUGGACGGUGCGACGAAAGCGACGGGAAGUUUGAGCGGUGUCCGUGAUCUGCUGCAUCCGAUCUCAUUAGCUCGUGCCGUGAUGGAACACUCGGGACACAAUUUCCUUAUCGGAGCAGGACUCCGUUCGUUUGCCCUUGAUCGUGGGUUUCGCUUUCUGGAGCCACCGGGCCAGCUCGUAACCCAGUACGCGAAGGAUGCGCUCGAAGAUUGGAAAGCUUCCGAUCAGAGCUAUCAAUCGGGCGAAGGUGGUACGGUGGGCGCGGUGGCAAUCGAUGCGAAUGGUCACAUUGCCGCUGCAACAUCCACCGGCGGUUUGACGGGCAAGCGAGUUGGGCGCGUCGGAGACACUCCUAUCAUCGGAUCGGGAACGUACGCCGAUAACAGAUUGGGCGGCGUGUCACUUACGGGCGAUGGAGAUAUCAUCAUGAAGGUGUGCAUCGCGUACGAUGUGCUGAGAACUGCCGAGCUUACCGGGCGCCCCGUCCAACUUGUCGCUGAUGAGCUGCUCGAUACGAUGAGUGCCGAGCUGGGUGGCACGGCCGGCAUGGUGGGUGUGGACAGCGAGGGCAAUGUGGUUGUGGCUCACAACUCAAAGCACAUGUCGUGGGCUUAUCAGCGGGGCGAUACCGUUGCGUACGGUGUUAGCAAGGAUGACUUCAACCUACUACCUGCGUCUGACAGUGAAUUCAUUUCUCUCGUGUAGGAUCGUGAUUUCACGCCAAUUAAAAUAUGCACCGAUAGUGGGAUGAAACGGACAAAAACAACCAAUGCGAUAUGAUAAAUAUAACGCUAUUGUUCUUCGUUUUGUACAUUA